UUAAAAUGAAUCAGUUUGAAAGAUGUCGAAUCGGUUCUAAAAUCUUUAGUUCAACAAUAUCCUUACGACAUGAGAAACGUUCAUACAUUUUGGCCAAAUUUAUUAUGAAUGAUGAUGUUAUUAAUUGUUAUCCAGGUCAAGUUCAAUAUUAUUUUACUCAUACAGUCGAUUUACAAUAUAGACUGACUGAACAUUUUCUAGCAUAUGUUUGCUGGUAUCAACCUGCAAGUUCUCUAAAU